GCGGAGAGAGCGCGGCUCAGCGAAGUGCGCGCGUGAGGGGCGAAGGAGUCUCGCGCUUUCUCAGGAGGCACCUGGUCGCGCGCCUUGUAGCGGAGCCGCAGCUGCCUUUCAGAAUAAGAAUAAUGGAACUAUCAGCUUUAUCAACGUGCUUCUUCUGUCUGACGGCUGUCGCUCUUACGACGGCUUUAGGGAGCAAACUCACCGUCCCACGUCUUCGCCUCUCAUACAAAGACCUGGUGGCCACUAAUCGUACGUCCAUCUUCUCUGGCCUGCAUGGGGACCUACAGCUGUCGGCCAUGUUUUUGGAUGAGUACCAUGACAGGCUCUUUCUGGGAGGGAAGGAUGUUCUCUAUUCUCUCAGACUGGACCACACACAAACUGAGGCUAAAGAGAUUCACUGGCCAUUGCCUGGGAACAGAGAAGACUGUAUCCUAAAAGGAAAGGACCCAGAGACGGAGUGUGCUAAUUUUGUGCGUCUUCUACACCCCUUUAACCGGACUCACCUCCUGGCCUGUGGAACCGGAGCGUUCCAACCCGUGUGCGCUCUGGUCUACGUGGGAUAUCGCGGGGAGCAUGCGUUUGCACUGGACCCUUCCAGUGUGGAAAAUGGGAGAGGACGAUGCCCUCAUGACCCCAACCUUCCAUUCGCCAGCACCUUUACAGGUGGAGAGCUGUACACAGGCCUGACGGCUGAUUUCCUCGGACGUGACUCUGUCAUUUUGAGGAGUCUGGGACAUCGCUCUCCGAUGCGGACUGAAACGGACCAGAAAAUAUUACACGAGCCCAGGUUCGUAGCUGCACACCUCAUUCCAGACAGUGCGGAUAAAGACGAUGAUAAAGUCUACUUCUUUUUCACCGAAAGAGCGAGUGAGGCUGGGGAGAGAGAGGGAGAGGCAGCGAUACACACGCGCAUUGGACGAGUGUGUGCGAAUGAUAUUGGAGGGAAGAGAGUGCUGGUGAAUAAAUGGAGUACGUUUAUUAAAGCUCGAUUGGUGUGUUCUGUUCCGGGACCUCAUGGCAUCGAUACACACUUUGACCAGCUGGAGGAUGUGUUUCUUCUACGGACCAAAGACGAAAGGAAUCCAGAAGUUUAUGCCAUCUUCAGCACCAUCAGCAACGUGUUCCAGGGCUAUGCUGUAUGCGUGUAUAACAUGGCUGAUAUUCGUGAAGUGUUCAAUGGGCCUUUUGCUCAUAAAGAGGGACCAGACUAUCAGUGGGGACCUUACGAAGGACGCGUCCCAUAUCCCAGACCUGGAGUGUGCCCCAGUAAGAUCACUGCUCAGCCGGGCCGCAUGUUUGGCAGCACUCUGGAGUUCCCAGACUCUGUGCUGCAGUUUGCUCGUUCUCAUCCUCUCAUGUGGCGGGUCGUGUACCCAACUCAGCGCCAGCCCCUGCUCUUACGCACCUCCACUCCCUACAGACUCACACACAUCACUGUGGACCGCACACAGGCCGAGGACGGCCCUUAUGAUGUCAUGUUCAUUGGCACAGAUGUUGGCACUGUCCUAAAGGUCAUUGCACUGCGCAAUGGCAACUCAAUCAACAGUGAAGAAAUCACAUUGGAAGAGCUUCAGGUCUUCAAGGUGCCCACACCCAUCACCUCUAUGGAGAUCUCAGUGAAGCGGCAAUCAUUGUUUGUGGGCUCGAGUGCUGGCGUAGCACAGGUUCCUCUGCAUCGCUGCAGCAUGUAUGGUAAAGCAUGUGCUGAGUGCUGCCUGGCACGAGACCCCUACUGCGCUUGGGACGGUCACACCUGCACACGAUAUGUCCCCAGUUCUAAACGUCGCUACCGCAGACAGGACAUCAGACACGCGAAUCCAGCGCUGCAAUGCAGAGACCAAAACCAAAGCGUGGAAGAUCUGGACAUGGUUGAAGUGCGGGUUGUGUACGGCACAGAGAACAACAGCACUUUUCUGGAGUGUGUCCCUCGAUCUCCGCAGGCCACCGUCACCUGGCACAUCCAGCGGGAUGAACAUCUGGAAGAGGUGGAGCUAGACGAGCGAGUGGUAAAAACGGAAGAAGGUUUGCUAUUCAGACGAGUGUUACGACACGACGAAGGCGUCUACGUGUGCCGCUCCCGGGAACAUGGAUUUUCUCAGACGCUCUCACGUGUGUGGUUGGAUGUCUUACAAGGGGACACGCUUGCUGACCUACUUUCACAAGAAAGUAAACAAAAGGCAUGGUCUCCAUGUCCUGUCAAUACAGGCUCAGCUAACCGAUCGCCACCCAGAGGGUGGUUUAAAGAUGUCCUGCAGCUGAUUGGUCCAUCAAACCUUCCUCAAGUAGAACAAUACUGUGAGCGCGUCUGGUGCAACGAAAAGCUGCGUAGGAAACACAAGAACAUGAUGGACAAAUACAAACAAGCGCAGGACGUGGCACGGAAAACCAGAGUCAGUAAGAACGCCGGGGACCGGCAUCGUAUGCCACGAGCAGUAGAGUGAUAUACACACACACACACACAUAUAUGCACACACUGAGAGAUGAACUCAUAGAAGAGAACACCUCUCAAGCUCAGAGACAUUGAUCAUGCUUACCCACUGCUCACACAGACAACGAGGUAGAAUGUCUUUAACGUCUCCUGAACUUUGCAGAACUGUGGAGCAAAUUUUUGUAUUACAUUUUCCUUUUUAACAUAUUACUAUGAUGUCAUUUGUCAUAAUUUGACGACGGUUGCCGUAUCAGCAGAAGAAACAGACACAAUGUGGGUGUACAAUAUACACAUACUGUACACACACCUCUAUUUAAAUUCUGUUUACUGUGGUUUUCUACUGUAUGUGCUGAGAAGAUCUGGAUGUGUUCACGGCAUCGCUCUCAGUAUCCUGGAGUAAAGCCAAAGACAUUUAUGAUCAUACACAUUUUGAAAGUAUUUUCCUUUUUUUUUUUUUUUUUUUUUGGACCAACUUGUUAACCUGAUUUUUUUUUUUAAAGCUGUAAUUUGCUAAUUUAUUUAGCUGUUACUGCAGGUUACUGGUUAGAAGUGGAUUUUCUAUUAAAUAAAGCAUGAUGGGGUGUGCAGUUAGAGAUAAAUUAUCAACAACGUAAUGAUGUGAGUCGAGUCGUGUAGUUCCAA